UAAAUUUUGAUAUAUUGAACACAUUUGUAUUUAAUAAAAAAGUCAAGGCUCCAAAUGGAAUGCAAAUUGAAGACAUUAUUACGAUGUAUCCUGACCCUGCUGGGAACUUUUGCUCUAGUUCAUGGAAAUAGUCAACAACAAGCAAACCACGCCUUAUCGGUGGCAUCUAUGCCUCUACUCCUAGAUCUUGAGACGAAGUUAAUAGACAACCUUGAAGACUAUGCAAAUGAACUGGAGCAGAAGUUGCAGAUCUUUCGUAGUUACAUUCCAGUUAUGCGGACAGAGAAUGAGAAGGCACGACUGGAUGCUAUGUCUUAUCUGUCAAACCCCCUGAAUGGUCUCUCUCUCAUCCGAAGAUUGCAUCAGGAUUGGUUCAAGUGGCAAGGCUAUAUGGAUCAGCUAGUUGGCACUGUCCAAAUGAGAAACUUUGAUGGUUGGCGAAAAGAUCUUCCCAAGAAAGCGGACCUUUCAGAUGCCUGUGCUGCCAUUGUCCGCAUACAGAUCACUUAUGAUCUCAAAGUUGAAGAUAUUAUCAAGGGUAAACUCGAUGGCAGACAAUACAAUUCAAGCAUGAGUUCUGCGGAUAUUUUCGCCAUAGGUCAUUAUCUUGCCAAGGGAAAAGCAGAAGCAGAAGCUGUUCCAUGGCUGCAGGAGGUAACCCAGGAUGUAAGAGUCAUGAAAUUACUUGCGGAAUGCCAUAUAAAACAAAAGCACUAUACAAAGGCACUGGCUUUGCUGGAAAGUGGACUGAAGUUCGAGGCCUACAAUGCUGAUCUCCAACGACUCUGGAAUAAAACUAAGAAUCUGAUUGAGAUAUACCAGAAUAACACACUUUUAGAUGUCAAAAAGCUUGAAGAUCCCAUGAUAAAGGCAUAUACAUUGGCUUGCAGGGGUUUGACGGAGGGCUCCACUAGACUCCACUGUUUCUACAACUUUAACACCACUCAAUUUCUUCGACUUGCUCCACUCAGGGUUGAGGAAGUCGGAUUACACCCUUAUGUGGUCCUCUACCACGAUGUGCUUACCCGAAUGGAAUCGGAAGAGCUAAUGGAACUGGCUCUUUCUAGCUUAAAAGUCAGUGGUGUCUAUCGAGUCCAAGGAUUAGCCUUCAAGCGUAUGAGGACUGUUAAAGCUCGUUGGGUAGGGAAGGAAACGAACGAUAUGACCAGACGAGUUACACGGCGAAUACGUGAUAUGACGGGUCUGGAUUUAACAACUUCAGAAUUCUUUCAGAUCAUCAACUAUGGCAUAGGUGGCCACUAUAACAUGCACAAGGACUACUUUGACUUUACAAGUAUCAAUAAUAUCAAGAAAAGCAAGAUCGAUAAACUAGGAAACCGCAUUGCCACUGUUCUGUUCUACCUAUUCGAUGUAGAACAGGGUGGAGCCACUGUCUUUCCCAAGUCAGGAUACACCAUUUAUCCUCGAGCUGGCACCGCCCUCUUCUGGUACAACCUUCAUACGGAUGGAAUCGGUGAUCCUUCGACUUUACAUGCCGCCUGCCCUGUAAUUGUGGGCUCCAAAUGGGUUAUGACCGAGUGGAUUCGCGAAUUGGGUCAGUUAUUUGUUAAGCCCUGCUUAGAACCAUCAUCUGAACAAUAA